AUGGCCGACGAGCAAGAUCUACCCCAAGCCCAGGACAGGGAAGCAGAACGAGCCCCCAAGUUUUCCGACUACCUACGAGUCUUCACUUACGCAACCAAAUGGGAUGUGUGCAUCUAUACCCUAGGUUCUCUAGCAUCAAUUGGCUCGGGCAUCAUGAUGCCGCUAAUGAAUGUCAUUUUCGGACAGCUGGUAGGCCAGUUCACGGACACGAUCAGGGACUCAUCUACAAUCCAAGGCGACUUUCAGAAGCUUGUCAACAAACAAGUGUUAUACAUCAUGGGCCUCUUUUUCGGCCGCUGGGUUCUGAGUUCGAUCAAUCGGUUCUGUUUCAGGAUCAUGGGUAUCCGCCUCUCGGCCGCCGUACGCCUGCAUUAUCUGAACUCGUUGUUGUCGCAGUCAAUUCAAGUCAUUGACUCUAUCCCUCUCGGCGCGCCUGCUACCGCUAUCACUGCGACCACCAAUACAUUGCAAAUCGGCGUAUCGGAGCGGCUAGGGACGAUGUUGCAAUCUAUAAGCACUGUUUUUGCUGCUGUCAUCGUCUCGUUUAUCUGGAGCUGGAAUAUCACAUUGGUGACCUCCUCAUUAUUGCUAUAUGUGCUGGUUGUCUUGGUCGUGCUCUCGCCGCUGAUACUCAAGGGUUUCAAUGCUAUGACGAAAGCGGAUGGCGAAGGUAUAGCGCUCGCGAGCGAAGCUAUUGGAGGGAUUCGCCUUGUCGCUGCCUGUGGUGCACAGAGUCUUGUAGCCUUUCGCUACAACGAUCGUGUACAGGAGGCGAGGCGACGGGUCCAAAGUACGGCGCCAUUUAUUGGGCUGCAAUUAGGUCUCAUUUUCUUUGGCGUCUUUGGCUCAUUUAGCUUGGCCUUUUGGUAUGGUGCUCAACGAUACGCAGCCGGCGCAAUCAGUAAUGCUGGCGUGGUUCUUGUUGUCAUAUUGUCGGUCAUGAUGAUUUUCAUGUCAAUACAGAGCAUUUCGAUGCCGCUCAUCGAUAUUAGCAAAGCGAUCGUGGCUGCCCGCGACUUAUUUGCGGUAAUUGAUGCACCCCAGGCUGGAUCCGGCUCACUCAAGCCAGAUAUUUCUUCUCAGGAUAUACUGUUCGAGGACGUCAUGUUUGAAUAUCCGACCCGGGCUGGUGUUACAGUUCUGGAUAAAUUAAAUAUUUGCAUUAGGUCUGGUCAAAACACAGCUCUUGUCGGCCCGUCUGGAUCUGGUAAGAGCACCGUUGUCGCCCUCCUAGAGCGAUGGUACUCUCUGAAAGAUCCAUACCUUCAAUCGGGCCAACAACAAAAGCCGGCGGAUAAGUCAAAUGACGAAAGUGGUGAAGCAAAGACUGAUGUCAAACCCAAAAUUUCCGGAUCUAUCACUAUCGGAGGCUUCGACUUGGAUGAUCUCGACCUCAAAUGGUGGAGAGGUCGUAUCGGCUUAGUUCAGCAAGAACCUUUUCUUUUCAAUGAUACAAUCUUCAAUAAUAUCGCGAAGGGCCUCAUAGGUACCCAAUGGGAAGAUGAACCAGAAGAACACAAGAGAAAGAUGGUUCGCGAGGCAUGUGAGGAGGCCUACGCUGAUAAGUUCAUCACUCGCCUCCCAAACGGAUACGACACUCGUGUCGGUGAUGGUGGCACAAAACUAUCCGGUGGCCAAAAACAGCGUCUCGCCAUUGCUAGGAGCAUCAUCAAGAAGCCUCAGAUAGUCAUUCUUGAUGAAGCCACAAGCGCAAUUGAUGCCAAGAGCGAGAAGAUAGUACAGGCUGCACUUGACAGGCUUUCGAAAAAUCGUACAACUAUUACCAUCGCGCAUCGCCUCUCCACCAUUCAAAAGGCAGAGCACAUUGUGGUUUUGCGCAAUGGGAAAGCAGUCGAGCAAGGCACGCACCAGACUCUCCUUGCGAAUGAGUUGGGUGUUUAUAGUGCUUUGGUGCGGGCACAAUCGCUGCAUUUGUCUAAUGACAAAACCGCUACUGAGGCUGUAGAACUUGUGGCGGAUAAUCACAAAUUGGAGGAUGCUAGUACUAUUAUUUCUCACCCAACCAAAACCACGACCAGCCCGGAGACCGUCGAAUCUGCGGGAUACAUGAUACGAACCAUUGUCCAGCUCUUCAAAGAUCAGCGGGCACAGUGGCCUUCUUACUUGGGAAUCAUGGUUGCUUCCAUGGCAGUUGCCGCAGGCACGCCGAUCCAGGCAUGGCUUAUUGCAAAAGUCAUUGGCAUAUUUCUGUUGUCCGUAUCGGAAAUAAAGCAACAAAGCAACUUUUUAGGCUUGAUGUGGCUUGCUCUAGCCGGCGGCGUAGGUAUUGGAUACUUCUUCCAAUGUCUGUUCAGUGUGCGUCUGCAAUACUAUGUUAAUGCCAAGUAUAACUUGCAAUAUUUCAACGACCUCCUGCACCAGAAGCUCGGCUUUUUUGACGAAGAUGCCAAUUCUCACGGCACGUUGACUUCUCAGAUAGCGGGCGACGCAAAGCAGAUCGGGGAGCUGUUUGGCGUGAACCUCGCAUUUCUAUUUUCUGGGAUAUUCAUCGUAAUCGGUUGCGUCAUUAUCUCGCUCGUCUUUAGCUGGAAGCUUGGGUUGGUAGCUUUGUUUGGCACUAUGCCGAUUCUCUUGGGCACCGGUUUCUGGAGAGUCAGAUACGAGAUACAAUUUGAGGAGAUGAAUUCGAUGGUUUUUAUGGAAAGCUCACAGUUUGCUACGGAAGCAAUUGGUGCAAUUAGGACGGUCUCUGCGCUGGGGAUGGAAGCUUCAAUCAACGCCAGAUACCAGAAGCUUCUCAGCGGCCAUAUCCAAGAGGCAUAUCGCAAGGCAUUGUGGACAGCUGCCCUGUUCGGUUUUGCGGAUAGCGUUACGCUUGGAUGCCAGGCCUUGGUUUUCUGGUAUGGUGGAAAGCUUCUAGCUAGUGGCGAGGUGUCCCUGGAGGCUUUCUUUGUCUCUCUGAUGGCCAUGGUCCAAGGUGCAGAAGGAGCAGCUCAGUCUCUCGCGUUGACUCCCAACGCUACGCGGGCAGCAGCAGCAGCAAAACGUAUAUUUGACACCCACGAGUCAGUCGUGACCAGAUCCAUACAACUCCAUACCACCGACACGAUACCAAACACAGACGGCGGAGUCGAAAUAGACCUACGGAACGUAUCUUUCAAGUAUCCAACGAGAGACGUUUUCAUCUUCAAAGAUCUAAGUCUCCGUAUAGAAAAAGGGCAGUACGUGGCAUUCGUGGGCCCUUCCGGCAGUGGCAAGACAUCUAUAAUUUCCCUUUUGGAGAGGUUCUAUGAUCUGGAGCCCGGACAUGGCACCAUUCUAUGCAACGGCAUAAACAUCAAUGAUCUUGACGUAUAUGAAUAUCGAAAGCAUCUAUCGCUUGUAUCACAGGAACCGAUCUUGUUCCGAGGAACAGUGCGCGACAACAUCCUGUUCGGUAUCGCGAACCCAGACUCGAUUGCAGAGGAGAAGAUCCACGAAGCUUGCCGCAACGCCUUUAUCCAUGAUUUUAUCAUCUCCUUGCCGGAUGGAUACAAUACCGACGUAGGACAUAAAGGGCUCGCUAUGUCUGGAGGACAGAAACAGCGAAUUGCGAUCGCGCAGGCGAUGAUACGGAAUCCUAGCAUCCUCUUCUUUGAUGAGGCGACGUCGGCGCUGGAUUCUGAGUCUGAGAAGGUAGUGCAGGAUAGUGUCGAGAGUGUGAAUGGGCGAACUGUGAUUGCGGUGGCUCAUAGACUGUCGACAAUUCAGAAUGCGGACGUCAUCUUUGUCCUGGACGACGGCAGGGUGGUGGAGUCUGGGAAUCAUAGGGAGCUUAUUGAGAAGCGAGGCAUUUACUGGGAGAUGUGUCGAAAUCAGAUGUUGAAUCAGUAG